AAGUUAUUUAUAUUUUAUUUUUGUUAUUUUUGUAAUUUUAUAUUUACGAUUCCUUUUUAAUAUUUUAUUUUACAAUUUUUAUAGUUUAAUAAAUACUUAAUCAACUAUUUUAGAUUCAGUAUCUAUCGAUUUUCAAUUAUUAAUUUGUUUAUAUCAUUAUUUUAAAUAAAAUAAAAUUGUAAAUAUAAAAAAAUUAUAAUUUUUUAAAAACUUUUUUAUAUAAUUUUUUUAUAUAUCAUAUAUCUAUCAGUUAUUAUAUAUAUCAUAUAUAUUAUUAUAUAUAUUAUUGUGCAUACUAUUUUAAAUUAUUGAUUACAAUGUCAAUUAUAUUUACAAUUUUAUAUAAAAUAUCUAUAAUAUUAUUAAAUAAAUUUAUUAAAAAAGAUUUAUUUAAAUAUUAUUUUAAUUAUUUUAAUAUUUUAAUAAACAAAUUAAAAAUUUAAAUAUUUACUGUUUACAAAUAUUUGUAAACUUUAUAUUUGUAAACUUUAUAUAACUUUAUAUAUCCAAUAGAAACUUGUAUUGCAUAUAUAUCAUUAAUAUAUUUCAUAUUAAAAUUGAAAGUUUAAUCAUGAAAGUGAAAUUCAUAUGUUAUUAAUAAAUACAAUUAAAAUUCUUAUUAGAAUGUACAUAUUGACCACAUUUUGUACAAAUCGAUUGAUUUUACUAUAACUAUAAGCGCUAAUGAAAUUAUUAAGUACAUUUUUUUUUUGUUACUUUCAAUUUAAUAUUAUUUAAAUAUAAAUUUAAAUAUACUAUACUUAUUAUUUAUCUUAUUUCUGUCAUUUAUAAAAUAUAAUACAUGUAAUACAUUUCUUAUUUGAAAAAGUGUUAUUUAUAUUUUAUUAAAUUGCAGUUUUUUCUAAAUAUUUUUUAUAAAUUUGAAUCAGAUAAAAAUAACAUUAUAAAAAAUAAUAUUAUAUUUUACUUGUAUAUUUUUUUAGAAAAUAUUAAUAUUAAUAUUUAAUCAUUUUAUCUAAAAUUGAUAAGAUUUAACAUAAAUAUAAUUAAUUUGCUAUCAAUUCAUAAUUGAUCAAUACCGAAGUAAUAAUAAUAUGAUUAAAAUUAAAUAAAAAUUAUUCCAACAUUAACUAUAGGUCGAAGGGCUAGCUAUAGGUCGACGAAAGAAGCGAGUAAAGUUGUGCGCCAUCAUCGUACAUCGAGCAUCGGACCGUAGUGUGAUACGGGGAUGGAGGCCGCGCGAGCAGGCAAACGACUCGAGCGAACAGAGUCGAGGAUCGAGAACCAACCGACAACUCAGGAAGGCAGUGCACGCCCGACUGCCGACACGAGCGGAUGGCGUACGUUGUCGUUCGUGCCACGAUUACCUCGUGAUUUUUCUUUCUGUCAGAUACGGUCACCGUCAUCGAUCUUGUGACGAGUCGCACAGUAUUUUCAGUCAUCUAUUGCGACUUCACACAGUCGGAGACUUCAGGUUUGUUAGUGACAUUGCGUGCCGCGUUUCGAUCUCGAGAUAGAAAGAACAAGAAAAAUAAUAAAAGGAAAUAAAGAAACAAAGAAGACGAAAGAUAUUUGUUUUCCUUCGAUAUUCGUUUCUAUCGGAUUUCAUCAUCGUUUUGUUUUUGUCAUCUACGGACAUAUCGCAUACCGCGCACGUAACCUUUUAACCACGUGUGUGCGCACGCACGCACGAUUUCAACGACGCACUUACACGUUAUCAGGUCUGGGCGCUGGCGUAUGGGGCGCCCUCCAAAAGUCGCGCAUGCAACCCUACCGGAGCCCGCUGACGUUGGUUACCAUAGUAGCGCGCGUGCCGAUCAGCUGAUCGUUGGGAUCCGAGCGUGUUCGACCGUCGGCAGUCGGCCAGCAGCGGCUCCGUCCAUUCGUUUUAUGCGUUAUCUUCCCAAACGUUCGCGCAACUUGAUCGCCUUUCGCGUCGUGAUUUAGUGAUGAAAAUAACUAACUAUUUCGCUAACAUCUGACAACGCAGAUUCCGAAGAAAAAUUAAGAAAUAAAAUAAAUUGAAUAGAAAAUUGAUUUUACUCACCGCUUGUAUUAUCCACCUAUUUGUUUUUAUCGAUGUUCGAAGGAUACAUUGUUACAGUUUAUUACUCAAUCAAUCGAUACAUGUUCAGAUGAUGGAGUCAAACACGAUUUUGGAUAAAUAAGUGUUGAACAAAGUGUAUUAUUUCAAUAAUCCAUGGUAUGUGUAUAUUUGUGAUAAAAAAAAAGAUCAAUAGCAUUUUUGUUAAUCGUUGUGCACAGAUUGAGAUCGAGACACAUUAUAAUAUAUGACUAUUAAGAUUUUGUGAUUUACAUCACGUAUUUUAAAUACAACCGUCCGAAAUGAAAUUUAAUGGAAAUAUAUGGAUAGUGGAUUUAAAUAUUUAUUAUCAUGCUCUUUUGUUGUAAAAUAUCUCGAAUGAAAUAUCGAACCAUUUUUGUUGUCAAAUACUUACGAGAUAAAUUAUAUUGAAUACAAAAAGCAAUAUUAUUAAUAGUAAAUAAAAGAUGGUGGAUAAAUAAUAUAAGAAUAUAUACAAUUUUUCGAAACAACAUUUUAAUACCAUCAGAUGAUUUUACGAAUACGAUUGACAUUUGGUGAUCAUUUAUGACAUGGUACAAAAUAAACGAAGCAAACUUACGAAAAAACGAUUACUCAUUGAAAUAAAUAUAUUACGAAAUUAUAAAGAAUAUUUUAUAUUCAUUGUUUAUUGUACCGGUUAAUUUGCAAACGAAACAAAAUUUGAUUGCUCAAAUUAAAUCGAUUGUAUCUUAGGAUACACUUGCACUGUGAAGAUGAAACAUAAUCGUUCCAAAUCGAUUGAUCAAAAGAUGAUGUCAUAGCGUGUCUUCGAAAAAAUAUCGAUAUAUCGAUAUUGUUUCGUGUCAGAUGUCGCUAGACUAUCGCGAUGGCCGCGGAAUCUUCGUCAGUACGAAAUCGCGACAAAAGAACGAAUUGUGAAUUAAAAAAUAGUGAUCGUAGUGAUUGAUAGUUUUUGUUGAAAUAAAAUUUGAACUUGUUUGGUAACGGGUUAUCGCAGGAUGUGAAUGUUUCUUUGUUAUGAACAUAUUUUGACAAUCGUUUGUACCUGUGACGAAUCAAUCGUGCGUACCUUGACUGCAUUAAUCAGACUUUUUGUGAAUAUGUGAAGUGACUGAGCUUUUUUUUUGUUGAACAUUCGUCAAAAGUGAUUUUUAUUUUGCUUGUCGUGAUCGCAAUUACAUUAUUAUGUACCGAUCGCAACAAUGACAGUUCGAGAUAUUUUCUCGUUCACACGGAAAUUCUGUGAUAGCCAAUGCCAGCAACGCCAUUACUUGGAUUAAGUCAAGUGUGAGGAGAACGCCGUUCCUGAAAUCAUCUUGAUAGAAAACUUGGUGACGUACGCCGAACGGGCCAGUAUUCAUGCCAGUAUGCCAAUCAGAUGCCAGUAGAGAGCCAGUAUCUGUAUCUGUCGCCACCGAUAGCCAAUUAAUAAGUUACUUAGAUAGUUAAAUUAAUAGGCAAUACAAAAGGAAAAAAAAAAAGGAAAAAGAAAAAGAAAAAAAAACGUCAACGUUUUUUUGAAUAAUUGUUGUUAGAAGGCGUCGUUCAAUAAGCGUGACAGAUAUAUCACGUGUAUUAAUCAUACACGUAUCCACAUAUAUCGAUAUAUAAAUAUAAUUAUACGUAAAAAAAAAUAUAUAUAUAUAUACAUACAUAUAUAUAUAAUAUAAUCGAGAGGAGCGAUAAGUGUCGGAAUCGUGCGAGCAAUUAUUUUUCACAUCGUACUUUUUUUUCUCUCUCUCCCCCAUCCCCUCCCCCGCCCUCUCUCCUUCGACCAUAAUUUUCUCCGCUCGGUUGAUCGGUUUUCUUUUUUUGAAUUUAUCGGUGACCGCGUAUGAUUCCCUGCGGAGAGUAUAUUCAUAAGAUUGGACAGAGAGUGCAAUCGAGUUGUGAUUAUCGAAGUGGACUGACCGAUCGAUUUCUCGGCUGUGAAGUGAAUUAAUAUCCCAGGAAAACGAUUGAAAACGGAGAAAGGAAGUGAACAGCGAGUACACGGGCGAGCAACGGGUGGCUGGAAACGGUGACUUACAUCGAGAGCGCCAACCUGCAAUCAAGGUUCAUGGUUUUCAUGGAUGAGAGCGAGCUCUCGAGCAAGCGGUGGGCCAGCGCGCCCCGCCGCCCGGACAGCCCCUGCGUCCUGGGGGCACCAACGUCUAGGGAGGCGGCGGGACCGCCGGUGCAGCUGGAACCAGUGGAUCUGUCCGUGAAAACUCCCGUGGUGUUGCAGGUGCCCCGGUACAGUCCAGCGGCUAUAAUUACCGCCACGGCUAGAAGAAUCCCUUCACCUUCCACGACGCCUACGCCACCGCCGCUCUCCGCAUCUACCGGUGAGUCUCUCAGCAACGCUUUAAUUCUCGAAUUUAAUCUCGCAGGAAGUGUGUCGCCGCCUUUGCCGCCUGUGGUCGAAACAGCGUGGGACAGAAACCGGGAACGUGAGCGCGAGAGGGUGCGAGAGAGGAGCACGGAGAACGAGCACAGGCAGCUAGACAGAGAAUCGGGGAUAAGGGAGAGGGAGACGAGGGAUCGGGAGAAGGAGCGGGAUCGCGACAGGGAGAGGCAAAGGGACAGGGAUAGAGAGCGGGACGUGUCGGUCCGCAUGAUGGAACCGCUCGAUCCCGUCUUCGUCUCCCCCUCGGCGGCCCUCCUCGCGUUGCAGAGGAUAAAGGAAACGUCCCUGCGAGAAACCGUAUCAGUGCACAUGGGAGGGUUGCACGUGGAAAUUCGCACGUUCCGACGAAUUAACGCGGCACUAUCGCAAGCACACGGGCCAGAAGCCGUUCAAGUGCCAUCUUUGCCAACGAUCGUUCUCGCGGAGCGACCACUUAUCGCUUCACAUGAAAAGGCACUGAUAAAGAGGACCGUCUUAGCCCAUGGAAGGAAAAAAAAAAAAAAAAGAACUGGAACGAGGGAGGAAGGAAGGAAGAAGAAAGAGACGCCCGUCCCUCGGGAAUCGGGGACCUCGUUUAUUAUUAGUGUGAUCAUGGACGAUGACGACGACGACGACGACGACGACGACGAUGAUUCUUUCGAUUUUUUUUUUCUUUUUUUUUUUCUUUUUUUUUUCUUUUUACAUUCGGGACCUGAAACAGCCUCCACGUUGUGCACUCGAAUCGUUUCCAUCGAACGUGAAGAGUCGGAGGCGGAAACUAGGAGAAAAAAAAAUGAAGAAGCAAACGAAUCGUUCAUUAGAUUUACGAGUUUAAUCUAAUGGAGGUAUAAUUGCAAUUAUCGGCGUAUAUAAUCGCGCAAGCCUGCUAGCAAUCGUGAAACGUGAAUCUGUUGUGAAUUUAUUUCCUUUAUUUUGUUCUUGUUGAAUAUUCGCCUCCUCCACGAGGGAACGAAUUUCUGUUUUCAAUUUUCAUUAUUUAAGAGCGAGGAUGUGCGUAGCGUGUAAGAAUUGUUGAUAUUUAAAGAUAUUUGAUUAAAAUUUAUUUAUUCUAUGUGGUGCGGUGGUGUUUUAAGGAAUAUAUAUAUAUAUAUAUAUAUAUAUACGAGGCAUCGUAGGAAGCGUAGCUUCGACGAUGAAAAAGAAAAAGAAUUUCGCAGAAGAUCGAUUGCUAUGGGUUUUCCGCAAGUAGCACGCGGUAACGCGUCAUUUUUGUUCUUUUUUUUUUUUUAUUUUUUAGCAAAUUUUUACUUCUUGUUCGUAUUUUCCAGUUUGUUUUCAUUUUUUUCUUUUUUUUUUUUUUUCGUACGGUUAAAUAAGGCCAGCUCAACUAGUCUAGAGCACCAUAUAUGUAUCGUAUAUUGCGAAAAUAUAGAGCCAGUAAAGGGGGAAAAUGAAGUAAAUAUCGUGUUAAGGUAAUUAAACGGUUAAAAAUAAGUAAAAGAGAAUAUCGAACUCCGGUGACGGAGCUUGGGACUUAGCAUGCUCAGUUAAAUAAACUACAAAUCGUGAUCGUUAAACAUUUUUUAAUGCAUUGAGAUAGCGAUUUAUCAGAUUUAUGCACAAAGAAUUUCGCGUUUAGGGACGGACAAUCAUCGACGUUUUCAAUUCUCAGAGAAAACGAGGGAAUUCGAACGCUCUGAAAGCCAGUAUUAUCGUGUGCAUCAAGCAAUACGAUUGUGUAUGCUUAUCCGACCGCAUUGCGAUGCUUUUUCCACGUGUCUUUCUUUCGUUUCAAUCGUGUUAAUGAUUCUUCGAUCGUACCGAUUUAAGCGAAAACGGUACAUCAUUUCGGCCACCGGCGUAUAAACACACACACACACACACAUAUAUAUACACGUCUAUAUACACACACGUACAAGGUGCCAAAGUAGAAGGUGCAAAUUUAUAAGCGCGAAUCGAGACGCCCAAACUAUUAUAUGCUCAAUUAUUAAACGAAGAAAGAGGAAGAAGAGGAAAGAGCAGGUCGAAGAAUUAUUUUUUAAACGCUUUUGCAUCCUUGUCAAAUAUACACCACGUGUCGUGGCGAAAAUGGAAAAAAAAAAACGAAAAUGCUUCGUUUCUGCACAUUUUAUUUUGGCAUCUGUUAAACGAAACGAGAUAACUCAAGGGAUAUAUUUCGGAGACCAACCAAAAAAAAAAAGAAGAACGCAAACUCUGUGCUCGAAGAGAAUAAAAAUCGAGGAGAGAAGAAUUUCUCUUUAAAAAAUGGAAAAAAACGCACGUUCCUCAUGAAUUUGGAAAAAAAUAAGUAAAUAAGUAGAAACGAGAGGAUCGUACAAUUGAUGAUGCACCGAGUCUAAAUGCGUCAAGUAAAUAUAUAAACGAAAAUUAUUGAUGAAAAAUUUUGCAUACACACACACACACAUAUAUAUAUAUAUUAUAUCGAAACAUAUCGUACGAAGGCAUCGACUCUGUGCGUCGUAAGUAAAACCGGUCACGUGAUAUAUUCUCAAACGAAGCUACUUGUGGGAAAAAAUACGCAAAUGGAAAACGUGAUUUUUACAGAGACGCUUUGUUGAUUAUGAUAAAAAUAUCGUAGGAGAAUGGCUACCUUUUUUCUUUUUUCUUUUUUUUCCUACGAAGAGCUACGUUUAGAGAAAGUUUCCCGUGGCCUUCGCCAGACGUAUCGCGCGAGAAUCGGAUAACUCGAAGAGCUUGUAAAUAAUUUAGAAACCUUGAGUAACGCGACGUCUCCCUACGUAUAAGCACACAAUGUGUAGCAUUCCCCAGUUUUCUUCGAACUUCUAUCUCUUUUUCUUUUCGUUUAAUAUAUUUCCACUCUCUCUCUCUUUCUCCUCUCUUUCUCUCUCCUCUCUUUUUCUCUGUCUUUUUCUUUCUCUCUAUCUAUCUAUUUAUCUAUUUAUCUAUCUCUCUAUCUCUCUUUCUCUCUCUCUCUCUUUGCCACUGCGGCAACAACGCGGUUAAAGGUAGACAUACAUAUAACUAUUUCGAAGCUAGUUAAAAGAAAAAGAAAAAAAAAAAAUUAUGGAACAAGAUGCCAGUAUAUGCUAGAGCCAGUUUAUAAUCGUUAAAAGAUGAAGAAAGGAACCUCUAAGUGUUAAGAUUAGUGCGAAGAUUGAUAAAUUAAUACUUGUUACGUGUUGUAUUUUGAUAGGGAAUAGUGCCUUUUAACGUUAAGGAAGAGAAUAUUGCGUUAGGCCUUAAGUAUACUGUUAGUGCCUUAAGUCACGCGAAUCUUCGUGCUUGUACACAUUUCAUAACGCGACCAUUUCGAAUCCUCUUGCGGAGGACCAGUGAGAGAUACACAUACAUAUUAUAAUAUAUCAAGCGUUUCUAUUAUAUUCGAUCGAGAGUUUCUCCCGUUCGAAACGAAUACGAAAAAUUAUUGCCAAUUAUUUCAUCCACAGAUCCUUGCUUUCAUCCCCUUACUCUUUACGCUCGUCUACGCCUCGUCUUCGUCACUUUUACUUUUCGACAUUUUCCGCGACAUUUUCGUAUUCAAAAUUCCGGAUUUUGAAGGCAUCGCUAUAGAAUACGCGAUAAAAAAAGGGGGGCCACGAUACAGCCGUUUGCGGUUACGCGACCAUGCACCUCUCGCGUUCUCUUUUAACCUCUUCUCAAAAAAUCUGAAAAAUCAACCUAUAUAUCGCCCAUGAUUGCUCGUCAAAACGCUCGUCACCGAUCAUCACCAUUUUAUCGCCAUUUUUAUCAGAGAAAAUUUUUUUACAAUCUCGUUGGUGUAUCGUGGCCCGUCUCUACUAAUAUCUAAAUAUAGUACACAGUAGGCCCCGCAGGACCGACCACGCCCCCUACCCCCUCCCCAGGUAUCACCGUAUGAAUAAUUUUCGCGCGAUCGUCAUUGCGAAAUUCAAUCCGAAAAUGAACGAGGUGCCACCCAGGAUGCCACUCCACGUAUCUUGAUGACUGAUACCGUUGUACCUUUCCUGUAAGGGAUUUCUUCAGCGGUGUGCAGCCGUCAGUAAUCUGAGCGGAGAGCGCGCCCGAUGAGAAAUGCAUACUGACGUCAUGCCGACACCCUCUUUGAUCAUUAUCAUUUUUUUUCACCGCGAGCUCGUGCCGGAUCGUACGCUUCUCAACGAGAUACGUUCUACGCUUCAACUUCGUCCCGUUACGGCAUACCAUCUCCGCCUCGAGAACGAUUCAUUUCGGCUAAUUGUCGACACUGGAUGAUAAAACGAUAUUGUUCCCGGUUAACAUUUUGGCCGAGAGGCGUUUCUCUCUCUCUCUCUCUCUCGUUUCAUCCAUCGUACAAGAGGGCACCUCGUCGCCGUUACGAGUCGGAAUUUCGUCUCGGGCAAAUUCGCGUAGGUUUCUUCAUUUUUCUUUCUUUUUCAAGAAGCUCAAUCACAUUCCAAUACGUUUCGAACGCCUCGAGUGAGAGAUUUUUCUCGAGGCUGACGACGAUUAUUCCAAAAAAGAAAACAAAAAAUGAGCGCACACACAUUCCCAAAGGCGCGAAGAAUAGAUAGAGCAAUUGUUUUUUUCUUUUUUUUCGUAUUAAUAAAGAAACCUAUACAAUUUUUCGAAGCGAGGAAAACGCCAUCCGGAAAACCGGGUAAAAAGAAGUUGGACGCGAUCGAUUUUCUAGAAAGGCUCCGCCUAGAGAGAUUAGCAUUUCAAGUGCCUUAAGAGACGUCAACGUGACAGGCUACGAGCUCGAAUCGAAGUGAGUUUUCGCGUUCUUCGUUGACACGCUUGAUGAAAAAUGGCGGUGUUGAAGAGGAAAGGAUGAAGGUCGAUGAAAAAUUCGAUAUUAUUUGUGUCGUUUAACCAACGAAUGAAUUUCAAGAUGAGAAAAAAUUCGUUAAAUUUUCUCUCGAGGAUACGAUUGUUCGAUGUAUAUUAUUCGUCUUUCGACAAAUGUCUUUCAAACAAAAUUUCAACCCCUCCAACGUCGAUCGUUUGACGGGUGUCGACGUACCUGAAUUCGUUGGUUAGAUUUCUUGAUUUCGUCAUGUUCUCUCGUGCGCUUACACGGCUGUCGUGUAAAAAAGAAAUUCCAACGAGGCAUGUAUAUAUUAUUAAUUUAAGAGGUGCUCUUAACGAGCGUGUUCGGGUGAUGUUCGUAAUGGCUGCGCAACGGAGAGAUCCGACUGUGCGAGCCAUAUAUUCGAAAACGUGUCUGGUGAAAAAGGGGAGGGAAAGGGGGAAAUAGAAGAGAAAGAAAAGAAAGAAAUAUAAAAUCACGAUGUAUCGAGGUUUUCGAAACGACAUAGCUGACAGGUCAGUCCGUCAAACUAGCGAUGAUUUUCCAUUCUUCGCUUCUUCAAGGGCCAGUAAAACGAUACUACGCACACACGCAUACAUACAUCAUCAUACGAUCACUAACACGCGUACCUUAUCAACCAACCAACACGUAUAAAUUGCAUUCUUAAUCUGCGAUCAUGCGCGGUGCUCAAUCUUUCUUGGUGCUUUCGUACGUUGAAUUUGACGUGCGUAUAUUAUACAUCAACGUGGACAAUACGAGGUCGAUUCUUAAAGAUCCAUUACGCGAGAGCGUAAAAGGUAGGCAAGAGGUAGGUGUGCGCACGUGUUUGCGUCUAGGAGAUGUCGAGCCACAUCAGAAACGAAAAGCAAUACCGAGUAAUAUAUUUACUACGCGUAGAGUUAAGAUUAUAUUCCAUUACUUUUUCUUUUUUCUUUUCUUUUCUUUUUUUUUUUCUUUUUCUUCUCUCUCCGAACGCGAACUCACUUUCGAACUCAGGAAGAAUGGCUGCUGUCUUGAGGAACACAGCCUGAUUGGCCGAUUCUUUUAUUUCCACUUACGAAAAAAAUUAUGUGAUCCAGCGGUUUGAUCUCCAGCGAUCAAAGAAUUACUGAAAGAAUCGAAAGAAAAAAAAGAAAGAAAAAAAGAAAGAAAGAAAGAAAAAACAGGCCGGUGAUUAUCGACUCGGAAUACGAAAAUUCUCGCGUACGCGUUGAAGAUGAAGAGCAAGAGAAAAGAAAAAAAAACGGAACUACUAGGUCGUAAGAGAUAUUAGAUACUAGCCGAAUAACUACAUAAUACUACAUUGUACAUAGCACGUAAAAUUAUCCGUUGAUCAUCACCGACAGAAAAGAAGAAAAAGAAGAAGAAGAAGAAGAAGAAAGAAGCAACGGAUCAUCGUAGCAUAAUUUCUCUCGCAAUAAUGUAAUCAAUGGGGGCCAGUAAUUCUCUCUCUCUCGGAUCUCGCACGGUGUUACACACUGCGAGGCGCGUGGCGUGCCCUUUAUCUCGUCGAAUUUUUGGCGCAGUCGCGUAUAUGUUCGAAUACGACACACACAUAAAAAAAAAAAAAAAAAAAGAAAGAAAAAACGCUGUAAAAACAAACGUUCGAAAACGUUUCUCCGUUCACGGGGAAGAACGAUCGAGCUUGGCGCGGAAACACACGCAUUCAGGUUCCUAGGACAGGUGUACUAUACGCACGAUCGUAUCGAAUGGGAACAUCGAAAUACGUCGAAAUUGGGACGUUGAUGGACGUGGUUCCGUUUGGACGAUCGGCGCCGUACGCAAGCGAAACGAUCGACUGUCGUCGAAGUUCAGAAGGUUUAAGGGACGGUUGUUUUUUUUUUUCCUCUCUCUUCUUUAACAGUCGCGCGCCACCAACUAUUAUUUUGUAAGGAUUGUUAAGUGUAUACCUAUGUCGCGUAGGGUUGCGUAGGAUCGAUAAUAUAUAAUAUAUAUAUUAUACUACGAAUCACACUGUAUAAACGAAGGCAUUACUAUAACUUUGUACUUUCUAAUUAUACAUUAACCGCGUCGCUUGGGGGACGCGGUUCGCUAUUCGUACCGCGCACGUCGGCAGGGGAGGUUCGUUAGUGCAUUAAAAGAAAAAAAAAUAUAUAUAUAUAUAUUAUAUAUAUAUAUAAAUAAAAAAAUCUAUAUAUAUAUACAUAUAUAGAUGAAUAUAGAUAUAUAUUGUAAAUGUGGUUGUAAUCUUAUUACUGUUAUAUCGAUAUAUCGAUGUCCUUGAUUUGGAUAAUUUAUUUAUUGCGAUGUGAAUCGAAACGAAGAGCGUGUAAUUAUUGUAUACCGCGGAGAAGAGAAAAUGAAAAAUGAGGAUACAUGAUUAUUGAAUUAAAAUAGGGAAAUAUUAUUAAUAAUACGCACGAAAUUAUAUAUUUAUAUAUAACGUUAUCGACGCGAGGGCGCGCGUAUCAAAGACGCGGGUCCGCUCGCGUGAAAGUCCUAAAAAAAUAAAAUAAAAAAAAAAAUGCGAAAUCACGUUCGAAAUACGAACGAUACGGUUGAGCGGUUAUUUAAAUAACUAUCGUACUUUGCGAUUCCUACUGUGGAAGUAAAAAAAAAAAGGAAAAAAAAAAGAAAAAAAAGGGGAAAAAAAUGAAUAAAAGGUAAAAAAAAAAAUAGAGAUUGUUGUAUCGUAAAAGGGCGAACAGUGGCCCUCGUACGUGUCGGUUUAAUAAAUUAUAUAUCGUCGACUCGCGAGCACGCACAGAAGGUGUCACGUGCGUCCUCUGCGGUACAAUAUCGCGCCUGUCGAUAAUUUUAUUAUCGAAAUGAUGGUUACAUAUUUUAGAUAAUCCUAUUAUCAUUAUCAUUAUUACGAUUCUUAUUAUAAUUGCUACUAUUACUAUUAUUAUUGUAUUUGGCAGGGUUACGACAUUAAAAUCGUAAAAAAAAAAGAAAA